AUGACGAGUGAUAAGGUUGUAAAUUCUCCUCCAUCAUCUCACACAUUUAAUUCUUUAAUUGAUCACAAGAAUAAAAUAUUAAACUCACUUCAAUAUGAACUACAAUAUGCAAAUUUGGAAUUUAAACUGAUCAAUUAUUUAUUUGCUUUAAACUCCCAAAGAGGUUCCGAUGUUGACCAAGAUGUUGAAACUGAUCUAUUUAAAAAUCACAGCUUUCUAAAGUUUGAUACAGCUGAGUUCCAUGAAACCAAAAAUAAUUGGACUAGUUUAGUAAAUGAUUCUAUAACUUCAAUUAAAAAUUCACUGUCGAAAAAAAAGGAUACAUCUAAUGAACAGUUGCAGCUUGACGAAGUACACCAAUCUAUUACGAGCCUUCAGAAUGCAUAUUUUACCGCAGUACAACAGAGAGAAAAUAAUAUGAAGCUAAUGCUAAGGAUGAAAAUGUACUCAGGCAAUAGAUUAAAAUUACUUUCGGAUUCGCUUAAAGCUUACCAAUCGACAGCUGAGUUUAAGAAAUUAUAUGAUGAGCCUAAAACUAAACUGGUUGAACCAAAUUAUAACAAAGCAUUACAUAACAUGAUUGAUGCUGAAUUCAAGAGAGUUAUAAACUCCAAUUUAACCCAUGAUUUAUAUUCUAGUCUUUUUAAAAAGGGCUCAAAACAAACUAUGCUGAAGCAUGUUAAUCUAUCUCCAAUACCUGUUUUUAAAUCACCCAAUUCAACAAAGUUGAUGAACAUAUUCACGCUGACAUCAUCACUAGAUGAGUUUAAGAUAUCAGCAAAAAAUAUAUACCUGAAAUACGGAGGAAGUACAAUGUCGUUCAAUGUAUUCAACAACGUGGUUUUAUUUCUAGUACAAUCUCUACACCUUCCUAACCUACACAGAAUUCCAACAGAUCACAUAUACAGCGUAUAUAACGUAAAUCCCAGCUCAUUACUGGACUUUAGAACGUUCUUAAUACUGUACUGGGAAGUUUUACACGCACUUAAGUAUGCAAUUGAGGUUUACUAUCACCCACGAUACACAUUUAACUCCACAGACAUGUAUCUCAACUACUUAGUGGACGACUACCACCCUUUCGUCAACAUUUCAGACCACUACUCAUUUAUUAAAAGACUGUCCCCUGGAAGGUCCUCUAGUAAAUAUGUCGCAAAGGAGCUAAAGACUGACGAACUCAGGGUAAUAGAAAUACUUUUUAAGACUCCGGACCUACCAUUGUUUCAUGAGAUUUAUUCGGAGUUUGAAGUCUUAAAACGUUUUGACCACAAGAACCUCGUUAAGUACAUAGCUGUGUACCAUGACUACAACUCAUUAUACGUUGUUACAGAGUUUUGCCCAGAGUUAUCUCUUACGAAUAAGCUGAGCUCUCUAGAUUCUUCAACUUUUGAUUAUUCACUGGGAUUUGUACACAACGUGUUUACCCAACUGGUCGAGGCGCUAGUGUAUUUACACUGCAACAAUGUUACUCAUUUGUCUCUUAAUCCUGAGAAGAUCAUGAUUGACGAUUCAACUGCUCUGCCAAAGAUAAAGAUUAGAGACUACGGAUUUUAUGAAUCUUUCUCCAGUUAUAAGCACCAAUCACCUCUAACGACUAUUCAUCAAGCUCCUGAAGUAGCAAGCUCCACAAUAACUCCAAAGAGUAAUGUCUGGACAGCUGGAAUGAUUUUGUUAUUCAUGGUCACAGGUACACGUUUAUUAAUAUUAAUAUCUUCUAGUACUAAAAUAUUUUCAAUUCCAUGUUACAAAAUACCAUUAACAUAUUUAACGCAAGAUAAUUUUAUAGGUCAAGUUCCUAGUAAAACGGCUAACAAUACCAGUUUUGUUGACCACUUACCACAUAUGCUAUUACACUCAACUCUUUUUAAAGUUGAAGAUGACUUGUACGAUUUAAUAACAUAUAUUCUUUGCAAAGACCCUAACUUGAGACCAUCAUCUUUUGAUGUACUGUCUCACUCCUGGUUUAAUGCAACUGGUCCCUGGCCAAGUGCUUACAACCUACGGUUUUUAACACAUAGUGUACACGAUCUCAUGGCUCUGAGUAAUUAUCGCAACAUAACGAGGUUCCUGGAAUCGAGUAAUGUAUUUUAUGUGAACAAAAUGAAUAAACUGAUGAACACACUGGUGCUUUCGGCUGAACCUAAUCAACCAGACGUGGUAGGGUACGGAAGCGCGUUGAAGGUGCUGAAGCUGGCGAAUGUUCCUAACCACUUAAUAUCUGAGUUUGUGCACAUAACGUCCCUGAAGGAUUCUGACAAGUGCUCACUGAAAGACCUAUUUCUCGCCACUAAAUACUGGAGGCACGGGGAGUUGAACAUACUGUGGUCAGUAUGUAGAAAACACAUAGACGAAACUGACUGGUCGUUUAAUAAAACUAAAUUUGUUGAACUUUUAAGUGAUUCGAAAUCGUCAUUGUUGAUGAAGGAGGAGGUCAAUUCAGUAUGUAGGUCACUGGAACUAAACGACAAGGUAAGAUGA